AUGAGACAAAAAACUGCCCUACCAACGCUGUCCAUAAACCAAAACAUACUGGAAGUUUGUGACACAGUCAAAGUUCUGGGGGUCACCAUUCAAGCUGACUUGAAAUGGAACAGUCAGGUGGACUAUAUGUUGACCUCAGCCAACAGAAAGCUGUUUGUCCUAUGCCGUCUGAAGAAAUUCGGAGUCAAAGACCCAGAAUUGGUCUCCAUCUAUACAGGCUAUGUUCGGCCAGUGCUGGAGUACGCUGUCCCAGUCUGGCACAGUUCCCUUACUGCCAGCCAGUCAAAUAGUCUGGGCGAGCAGAAUCAUUCUGGGCCAGCGGUAUAUAGGAUACACAGAAGCUCUCCACACCCUCAAAUUGUGCUCCCUAGCAGAGAGGCGCACUCAACUAUGUCUUGAUUUUGCCAGAAAGCUGUUCAAGUCCAACUUCAGAAACUGGCUACCCCCACUUAG